AUGAAGGCGAAGAACCGCGAGCAGAGCUUGUCGGAUUCCCGGGAGCUGGACGGCUCCUACGACCAGCUGACGGGUGAGCCUCCAGGACCAACCAAAAAAACCAUUAAGCAGCGGUUCCUCAAGCUGCUGCCGUGCUGCAAGCCCUCGGCUACCCCCUCAAUCAGUCAAAGCAAGUGCCUCCUCCCUCUCUACACCCCCCUCCCUCCCUCCCUCCCUCCCUCCUUCCCAAGUUUAUUGCCUGACAGCGUAGAAGAUGACUUUGAGUUGUCCACCGUGUGCCAUCGCCCAGAGAGCAUGGACAAGCUGCAGGAGCAGACCAAGUUCACAAAGAAAGAGCUGCAGGUCCUGUACAGGGGCUUCAAAAAUGAGUGUCCGAGCGGUGUGGUGAACGAGGAGACCUUCAAAACCAUCUACUCCCAGUUCUUUCCUCAAGGAGAUUCGAGUAUGUACGCGCACUUCCUGUUCGAAGCCUUCGACACCAACAAGAACGGGUCGGUCAGUUUUGAGGACUUUGUGUUUGGCUUGUCCGUUAUCUUAAGAGGGACCAUUAAUGACAGACUAAACUGGGCCUUCAACCUCUACGACCUAAACAAGGAUGGCUGCAUCACCAAAGAGGAGAUGUUAGACAUCAUGAAGUCCAUCUACGACAUGAUGGGGAAGUACACGUACCCCCACCAUGCAGGACGACGCUCCGAGAGAGAACACGUCGAGAGCUUCUUCCAGAAAAUGGACCGUAACAAAGACGGCGUGGUCACUAUAGAGGAGUUCAUCGAGUCAUGCCAAAAGGUGGGACGGGACGAGAACAUCAUGCAGUCCAUGCAGCUGUUUGACAACGUCAUCUAG